GUCCCACGUGGGGAAAGGGCAGGCGUCCCCCUCCCCCCGCCCGUGGGGACCCUCCGCCCGUGUCCGGAGGAGGCCUGCGUCCAGCAGAUGCACGCGGGGAGUGGGGAGGGGUGGCGGGGGAGAGGCGGGGAGGAGGAACCCACAACAAAACUUGCGUCGCCGAGCGCGCGCGGCUGGACUCGAAUGGAAGGAGCCCGCGCCCGCAGAGCGCAGCGGGACUCGGAGGAGCGCCUUCGGCCGGCGGGGCGCGGUGCAGCGCGGGGACGCAGCAGCCUGGUCCCUCCCUGUGUGCCCAGAACCGGCUCCAUAUCCUCCACCAGAACCACCGCACAGCCCCUGGAAGCUCCACACUGUCCGUGCAUAAGCCUGCCAGGGCCACGCUCCUCAUCUCCCCAACGGCACCAUGGCCUGGAGCAGGGCGCUGCUGCUCCUGCUGCUGUUGCCGCCACAGCUGCAGCUUGGACUGGUGCUCGCCGUGAGGGCGCCUGUGUUUGGCCGGAGUGGCACCCACAGCCUGAGUCCUGAAGAGAACGAAUUUGUGGAGGAGGAGCCCGUGCUGGUCCUGAGCCCGGAGGAGCUGGGGCCUGGCCCAGCCACCAUUAACUGCCCCCGAGACUGUGCCUGCUCCCAAGAAGGGGUGGUGGACUGCGGUGGCAUCGACCUGCAUGAAUUCCCAGGGGACCUGCCUGAGCAAACCAACCAUUUGUCCCUGCAGAACAACCAGCUAGAGAAGAUUUACCCUGAGGAGCUCUCCCGGCUGCAUCGGCUGGAGACUCUGAACCUUCAGAACAACCGCCUGACUUCCCGAGGGCUCCCGGAGGAGGCGUUUGAGCAUUUGACCAACCUCAAUUACCUGUACCUGGCCAAUAACAAGUUGACCUUGGCACCCCGAUUCCUGCCAAACACCCUGAUCAGUGUGGACUUCGCUGCCAACUAUCUCACCAAGAUCUAUGGGCUCACCUUUGGCCAGAAGCCAAACCUGAGGUCCGUGUACCUGCACAACAACAAGCUGGCGGACGCCGGGCUGCCGGACAACAUGUUUAACGGUUCCAGCAACGUUGAGAUCCUUAUUCUGUCCAGCAACUUCCUACGCCAUGUGCCAAAGCAUCUGCCACCCGCCCUCUACAAGCUGCACCUCAAGAACAAUAAGCUGGAGAAGAUCCCACCGGGGGCCUUCAGUGAGCUGAGCAACCUGCGGGAGCUGUACCUGCAGAACAACUACCUGACUGAUGAGGGCCUGGACAACGAGACCUUCUGGAAGCUCUCCAGCCUGGAGUACCUGGAUCUGUCCAGCAACAACCUGUCACGGGUCCCAGCGGGGCUGCCACGCAGCCUGGUGCUGCUGCACCUGGAGAAGAACGCCAUACGGAGUGUGGACGCGGAUGUGCUGACCCCCAUCCGCAGCCUCGAGUACCUGCUGCUGCAUAGCAACCAGCUGCGUGCGCACGGCAUCCACCCGCGGGCCUUCCAGGGCCUCAAGCGGCUGCACACCGUGCACCUGUACAACAAUGCGCUGGAACGCGUGCCCAGCAGUCUGCCCCGCCGCGUGCGCACCCUCAUGAUUCUGCAUAACCAGAUCACCGGCAUCGGUCGCGAUGACUUUGCCACCACUUACUUCCUGGAGGAGCUGAACCUCAGCUACAACCGCAUCACCAGCCCACAGGUGCACCGCGACGCCUUCCGAAAGCUGCGCCUGCUGCGCUCGCUGGAUUUGUCUGGCAACCGGCUGCACACACUGCCGCCAGGACUUCCCCGCAACGUGCAUGUGCUGAAGGUCAAGCGCAAUGAGCUGGCCGCACUGGCACGCGGGGCGUUGGGUGGCAUGGCCCAGCUGCGUGAGCUCUACCUCACCAGCAACCGGCUGCGCAGCCGGGCCCUAGGCCCCAGCGCCUGGGCUGACCUCACCCAUCUGCAGCUGCUGGACAUCGCUGGGAACCAGCUGACAGAAAUCCCGGAGGGGCUUCCUGCGUCACUGGAGCACCUGUACCUGCAGAACAACAAGAUCAGCACCGUGCCCGCCAACGCCUUUGACUCUACGCCCAACCUCAAGGGGAUCUUUCUCAGGUUUAACAAGCUGGCUGUGGGCUCUGUGGUGGAAAGUGCCUUCCGGAGGCUGAAGCACCUGCAGGUCUUGGACAUAGAAGGCAACUUUGAGUUUGGUGACGUUUCCAAGGACCGGGGCCGGUUGGAGAAGGAGGAGGAAGAGGAUGAGGAGGAUGAAGAGGAAGAGGAAGAGGAAAGGCGAUAGUGACCAGGUUGGCCGGGAACAUGUUCCUGGGAAGACAGUCAGGAGUUGAAGAGUUUCAGAACCUGGGACAGGAGGGGCCUUGGGAUCAUCGGAACACCUCCCCUGGGGGUCGAGACCCUCCUGAUGCAGCCCCACCUCUCUCCACAGCCGCACCUCCUCCCACCAUGGGCUACCCCCCAGCACCGAGAGCUCCAACACCAACUGCAUACAGUCCCUUAAAGGCACCGCGUCUUUUCAGAUCAAUCCUGUGUUCACACCGUCACUUCUGUUUGGUGCCCUUCCUGAUUCUCUAACUGCUACGCCAUCAACUAGAGCUCAAGCCUUCCUCACCGCUCCAGGUCCGCUCUGGGGCCCCGCCCCUGAGUCACCUACUUUCCAGAGCACAGUGUGGCUUGCACGGCUGCCCCCCGCAGACUGACAUCCUUGAAGCUGGCACUUGGUCGCUCAUUCCUCAUUCAUGGUGUCCAACCCAGGACCUGGCACAUAACUGGGAUCGCUACUCUAAUUAAUAUUGAGAAGCUUUAUUUUCAUAAAGCUAAAGGAGGAGGGAGUCUUGUCCACCAGAUAUGAAAAAUACUAUAAAGAUGUAGCUGUCAAAACAGGGAGAAGCUGGCACAGCCGUCCAAAGAAAAACCAAUGUAAUGGAACCUGUAGCCCAGAAACAGAACUGGGCCAUCUAGCAUUUCACAGUUGACAAAAGUUGCUUCACAAAUCAGGGAAGAAAAGAUAAACUCACUAUAGACAACUGUGCAGCCAACCAACGCUUCAGAAAAAUAAAAGUUAGAUCCUUAUUUGCACUUUGUACCCAAAUAAAUCCCAGAUGGUUUAAAGAAAUAAAUAAUUUUAAAAUGCACCCAUAAAAAACUAAAACAAAAUAUAGAUUAAUGUUUUAUCAGAUCAUAGGCUAUGGGAGGACUGAGAACAAAAGGAGCAAUAAAAAUGAACAGAUGUCACCACAUAGAAAUUAAGAAUUUCCUAAGUGCAACACGAUAUCCUGGAUUGGGUUCUGGGGCAGAAGAAAAGGACAUCAGUGGAAAAACUGGUGAACUCCAAAGCAGGUCUUUAAUUCAGUUAGUGUUGCACUAAUUCGGUUUCAGUUUUGAAAGCUGCCGGGUAUACCAGUGCUGACCCCAGAGGAGGUUGGGUGAGGGGCACUUGGAGAACCCGCACAAUCUUAUUGCAGUUUUUCUGUUAACCUAACACUGGGUUACCAUAAAAAGCUAAUAACAUUAAGA